UCUUGCGCGAUGACUGGCUCCUUCCCGCUGGUCCUGCCCUCCCUUGGACUGAAAAAAAGUGGAAGGUUUGAGGCGAAUUGACGCUCCCAAAGUUCCCAGUAAGAGCGGCCAGUUGCAGCGUAUGAUGGCUCAUCCAGUUAAGCGCCUUUCUCUACUCCUCGUCUGCUUGGCGUUACCAGUGUAUGGCGUAGAAAAGGUGAGAAGUAGAGGAUACCGAAAGGAUCCUGAAGUUGAUAAGUAUGGCAGCUGCAUGCAGGGUCCAGUAGGAACUCCCGGCAGAGACGGUAACCCCGGGUCCAAUGGCAUCCCGGGAACACCGGGCAUCCCUGGACGUGAUGGACUCAAAGGUGAGAAGGGUGAAUGUAUCAAUGAGAUCUUCGAAGAGCCCUGGAGGCCAAACUACAAGCAGUGUGCCUGGAACUCCUUGAAUUAUGGGAUCGACCUGGGAAAAAUAGCUGACUGUACAUUUACCAAGCUGCGCUCAGACAGUGCCCUCAGAGUCCUCUUCAGUGGCUCCCUCAGACUCAAGUGCAAGAAUGCUUGUUGCCAAAGGUGGUACUUCACCUUCAAUGGAGCAGAGUGCACAGCGCCACUGCCCAUAGAGUCCAUAAUAUACCUGGACCAAGGCAGUCCAGAGCUCAACUCAACCAUUAAUAUUCACAGAACAUCUUCAGUGGAAGGACUGUGUGAGGGUGUCAAAGCAGGGUUGGUGGACGUGGCCGUAUGGGUGGGGACCUGCGCUGACUAUCCCCGUGGUGAUGCAUCCACAGGGUGGAAUUCAGUUUCCAGGAUUAUAAUCGAAGAGCUUCCCAAAUAGUUACAUAAGAGGAAUCGGGUCAGCCCUGGUAGUAUAACAGCAUGUUAUCUGGUCUUCUCAAAUGAGCGGGUACAGUUUGCUGAGGCCUUACAUCGCUGAUGGGAGCUUUAUUUUAAAUGUUUUGUUGACACAAUUCUGUAUUUGACAGGUUAUUCACUUUACCAGGGGGGGAAAAAAAAAGAAAAAAAAAGUCCAUUGUACUGUAAUUUUUCUGCUCGCUGGUGCUUUCAGCAGUCAUUGCUAAUAUGUACUUAUUUGACUUUUUUGUAUGCUUUUUCCAUUGUUAAUAAAGCAAUCUUUGAUAAGGUUUCUAAAUAUGACCUAAAAUGCUAUCAAUUACAUAUUUACAAUCAGUCAAAUUGUAUUUGCAUACUAGAAUACACAUUUGUCUAGUGUUUCAUGAAACUCACCUUUAUUUAGGAUUUAAGUUAUCACUAACUGUAUAAAAUACUGUGCUGUCAAAAAAUACUGGCCUUUUGUCAGAUUCUUAUUUUUGCAUAGUCUCACCAGUUUAAUGUUUGAGAUUACCACAGAAAAUUGAACAUUAAAUGUAACCCAAGUGGACCUAAAAUACUGUAUUUAAACAGUGAUUUAAUUUGUCAAGGGAAAAAAAGAAAAAUAUACAUUAUAUGCAAAGUUACCUAUCCCUUUGUGAAUAGUAAUGCCCCCCUAAACCAGCAACAUCUGACAUUCAGUCUUUUCUAAUUAAUGUCAGUCUUUCAGAUCUCUGUGGAGAUAUUUUAGCCCACUCUCCCUCACAGAAUUUUUUUAAUUCAGCAAAAAUGGAGGGUUUCGGAAAAGCAUCUCGGUCAUAUUCUAGUCUGAAAUUUGACUAGGCCAUGCCAAAAUCUUCAUUUUGUAUUAUUCAGCCAGUCAGAAGUUGACUUGCUGGUGUUUUGGAUUGUUGUCCUGUUGCAGAACCCAAUUGCGCUACAGCUUGAGGUCACAAACUGAUGGGUCAAUAUUCUCCUUCAGGAUUUUAUAUUGAAUAGAGGAAUUCAUUGUACCAUUAAUCACAGAAAGUUGUCCAGAUUCUUAAGUAUAUAUCACAAUACCAACAUAAUGUUUCCCUGUUGGUAUGACGUUCUUUUCUGAACUGAUCUGUGACAUUUACGGCAAAUGUAACGAGACAAAAACCAUGUGAUUCAAAUCCUGGCCCUACCUCUGUGGAGUUUGCAUGUUCACCCCAUUCCUGUAUGGAUUUUCUCCAGUUUUCCUCCCACAUCCCAAAUAUAUGCAUUAGUUGAAGACUCCAAAGUGCCCGCAGGUGUAAAUGUGUGCGCAAAUGGCUGGUUGUUCUUAUGUGGGCUGAGAUUGGGUGGCAACCAGUUCAGGGUGCACCCCCCUUCCUGCCUGAAGCUAGCUGGGAUAGGCUCCAGCACUUCCGCGACCCUUGUGAGGAUAAGCGGCUCGGAAAAUAUGUACCCCUGUAUACAUUUUUUUUAAAAUAAGAUGCGCCUUGAUGUUCCUCUUGCUCAGCAAUAGGUUUUGCCUCUGAACUCUGGCAUGUAUGCAACUUUUUCCCAGUCUCUUCCUUACUGUUGUGUCAUGAACACUGACAUUAACUGAGGCAAGGGAGCCCUGCAGUUCAUUUAAAAGUUGUACUGAACUCCGUUGAGGCCUCCCGGAUGCGUCAUUGGUGUUCUCUUGUAGUAAUCUUUCUAGUCUGGCCACUCCUGGAAAGGUUCACCACUGUUCUAUAAAUUCUCCAUUUGAGGUUAAUGGCUCUCUUUGUGGUUCGCUGGAAUCCUAAAUCUUUAGAAAUGGCUUACGUAACCCAUUCCAGACUGAUUAUCAAUUAUUUUAUUUCUUGACUCUUCAUGAAUUUGGAUCGUGUCAUUUUCUGGCAGCUUUUUUUUUUAGCUCUUUUGUUUGACUUGAUUUUUUUGUGCUGUUUAAGGUCUCGAUGUAAUCAGGCUUAUGUUGUUGUUUUUUUCCUUGGUUUUGUUUUUUGUAGUAAUGUA